AUGGUGAUGGCUUGCAGGGUCAUAGACAAAAGAAGGCACAUGGGACCUCAGCAACUUUCAUCAUUUGCGGAAACAGGAAGAACAUUCCUAGGCCCAGUGAAAUCAUCCAAAUUUAUUACAGAUGAAGAGUGUCAUGGGAGUGUGUUAAUCAGUUCAACAGCACGGCUUCCUGAACGUUUGGAUCUAACCAGUGCGGUGGGACAACUUCUCAGCCAAGCAGUUCAAGCACAAAAUAACACGUACAGAGCUGGAACCAGUACUUUCUUGUUUCUUGUUGGUGCAUGGAGCCGUGCUGCUGAAGAAUGUGUUCAUUUGGGUGUCCCCAUUUCAUCGAUAGUGUCUGGAAUGUCAGAAGGCUUGAAUUCAUGCAUUGAAGAGGUAGUUUCCCUUCAAGUGCCUGUCCACAAUGUCUUUGACCAUAUAGAUAACACAAAGACAUUUUCUGGACUUGAAACAUUUGGUGUCAGCUUGUACCCUUUUCUACAAAUCCCUUCAGGUACCGGUUUGAUACAGAAAGAACAUGAUCUCAGAGAUGUUGCCUACCAGUCGUUGGACAUUUACAGUCUUUCUGAGAGAACUCUUAAAUCACCUCAACUCUUCAGGUCCCUGGCUAAGGUUGAAGCAGAUGAAAACACAUCACAAACUCCUCAAACUCUGAAAAGCAGUCUGCUUGCAGACACCCACUGCAGAAAGUCAAUACUAACCCACAGUAGACAUUUUAGCAGGACAGAUAAUAAUCAAUGGAUAAGCAAACCAGAUGGAUUUCUAGAACAACUUAGUGCAGCGACUCCCAAGACUUAUAGAUGUAAUGAUUUGGUAGAGUUGCAGGUGGGUUUGAGUCACGGAGAUCACAGCAGCAUGAAGUAAGUAGACGAAGCAGUAUGGCUACAAUAUCAGAACGCAGGUAUGCAACAAGGCGGCUGUACAAGGCCAUUUCUUUUUGAUAUUUCAAGAAUCUUCACCUGCAGCUUACCGGGUUUACCUGAAACUUUUUCUUGUGUCUGUGCAGGAUAUAUCACUGUUGUAUCAAUAUCUAGUACUACUCUGAUCAAGGAAUGGCAGAAUCAGCCUGUCCGGGUAAUUCUUAUUGAGGGUGAUCUCACAGAGAAUUAUCGCCACCUGGGAUUUAAUAAGUCUGCAAAUAUUAAAACAGUAUCAGAAAGCAUGAAAGCUCAACAAGGCAGCUCAGAAGAACUGUGGACAGAUCAUGUGUUACAGGUAUUAAUCAAGUUCAACCUGAACCUUGUCCUGGCACAAGGAAAUGUAUCUGAACGCUUAACUGAAAAAUGCACACACAGUAAGCGAUUAGUAAUUGGAUCAAUGAAUGGCAAUGUGAUGCAGGCUUUUGCAGAGGCUUCAGGAGCAGUGCAGGUGGCCUGCAUCACACAAGUGAAUGAAGACUGUGUGGGCAGUGGGGUCUGUGUGACCAUCUGGAGAAGCAUUCCCUUCGAUUCUGUAGAUCGGAUCAACAGAAUGGCAAUCAUGUUAAAAACAGAAGGAAUUAAUUUGGUUACAGUAGUGCUAACUAGUCCGGUCACUGCUCAGAUGCACACCAAAGAAGAUAGGUUCUGGACUUGUGCCUAUCGUCUGUAUCAUGCUCUAAAAGAGCAAAAGGUCUUCCUUGGAGGUGGCGCCGUUGAAUUUUUGUGUCUUAGCCAUCUUCAGAUUCUCGCGGAGCAGUCUCUGAAUAAAGGAAACCAAGGCUGUUCAGGAUGGCUUCAUAACACGUCCCCUUGGCUGGCCUCAUCUGUGGCACUGUACAGACUGACUGUGCUUAAAUGCCUGGCAGAUGGGUGGCACAGAUACCUUUCAGCCUUCCUGUAUGACACUGCCAGCUGCUCAUCUGAAUUUGAAGCCAGCACAUUCAUUCAGCAUCAUCUACGCAAUGCUGCAGACUCUGACUCUCCUUCAUCUUACGUCUUGAAUGAAUAUAGUAAACUAAAUAGUGGAAUUUUAAAUUCAGGCAUUUCAGGUAAACUGGAACAGAUUCCAAGAGUUGAUGACAUGGUUACACCAAAGAUUGAGACAUGGCACCAAGCUUUGGAUUUAGUAUUAUUAGUACUUCAGACAGACAGGGAAAUUAUCACUGGACUUGGACACACACAGAUAAAUUCACAGGAAUCAGAGGGCUUUUUAUUUUUGUAGUGUUACUGGCUACAUCUUUGGAAAAUAAUCUUUGUAAUAUGUCAUGCUAAUAAAUUUUCUAG